UGCUCCCAUUUACUGACAGACACACACACACACAGUGACUGCGCUGUCUACAAACAGCCACAGCUCAUGUGCACAUCAUGCGCACACUACUGCCCGCCCCCAUUCAUUGACAGACCCCACCCACCACACACAUCUCAUGUGUGCACACAGUAUGCGCACAUCCAUUGCCCAUCCCCAUUCACUGACAGACACACCCAGUAACUGCUCUUCCACUGCUCACACACACAUCAGCUGGGCACACACAGCACUUGCAAUGUUUGUCGUGCCUAUACAAUAGUGCUUAAUUGAUCAGAUUUACUUUUAUUGCUAGACAGAUUCACUUUCUGGUUUUUGAUCUGUAUGCUGCACUCCCUGCGUUGCAAUUACUUUGGGAGGGAUGUUUACAUUCAAAUUCUUCAUUGAAAUUUUAGAAAAUAAUAUUAAAACGUUUCAGUUAAUAUGAGGAUUUUAAAAAUCUUUUCCUCUUUACAAAAAUCUAAACUUUUGGGCAUAAACUAUCCAAUCGAGAUGCUUUAAGACCUGGAAAAGCAUCUAGAACUACUACUCCCAGAAUCCCAACAACUCUCAAAGCAUGCCUGGGGCCUCAUCUGUAUAAGACUGGCAGCAGGAACAGACCUAUAGAGAGUACGUGAAGGAGGAUGUGUCAGCCAAUGCAAUGUUAGCAUCUGUGUGACUUCUGUUCAUUCAGAGGCGGAGAGACAGAACAGAGCGGUGCUGAAAGUGCAAGAUGAGUACUACCUUAGUGAAGCCAGUUCUUUAUAGUUAUUUCCGAAGUUCCUGCUCCUGGAGAGUGAGAAUUGCACUGGCUUUGAAGGGAAUUGCCUAUGAUCAAGAACCAGUGAACCUCCUGAAGGAUGGGGGACAGCAGUUUUCUACUGAAUUCCAGGUAGUAAAUCCAAUGCAGCAGGUCCCGGCUCUGAAAAUCGAUGGCAUCAUCUUGUCUCAGUCGCUGGCCAUAAUUCAGUACCUGGAAGAGACUCGGCCUAAUCCCAGGCUGCUGCCUCAAGAUCUGAAGAAGAGAGCCCAAGCCCGGAUGAUUUCAGAUCACAUUGUUUCUGGCAUUCAGCCCCUGCAGAACCUGACUUUCCUGAAACAAGUGGGAGGGGAGAAGAAGCUGGAAUGGGCUCAACGCUAUAUCACAUGUGGUUUCAAAGCUCUGGAGCGGAUCCUGCAGCACACCGCUGGGCGCUAUUGCAUUGGGGAUGAGGUUUCCAUGGCUGACUUGUGUUUGGUCCCUCAGGUUUACAAUGCUGAAAGAUUUAAAGUAGACCUGGCUCCAUACCCCACGAUCACCAGAAUCAAUAAAGCCCUUCUGGAGCUAGAGGCAUUCCAAGUGAGCCACCCAUGCCGGCAGCCGGAUACCCCCGCAGAGCUGCGAGCCUAAGGUCCUUCUUACAAGCGGGCUCUGUUCCUCUCUAAAGCACAAGGGCAGGGGUGGCAGAGAAAUGGAUCACACCCUGCCCGGAGAAGGAAAGCCACAUAAGUGCCCAACAGGCAGCCAUAGCAUUGAUGCAUCCUUGCCAGCUGCACAGGAGGAAGGAGAAAGAGAGCGAGCGCCCCUGCCCCUGUACUCUGAAAGAAGCUGUGGGUGGCCCAUUGCAGACCUGAGUAUGGAAGGGAAAGGUCAUGCUUACCCCUCAUCAUGUUUGACUACCUUCAAUCUCACCAUGUAGCAGAUUAAAGGAGAAGCAUCAAGAGCUAUCCUCA